ACGUCGCCUGUCAACAUGUCCUACAACUGCUGCUCCAGAAACUUCUCCUGCUCCCUCUGGGGCAACCUGCGCUACCCAGGCUCUUCCUACCCCAGCAACCUGGUCUACAGCACUGACCUAUGCUUUCCCCGCCCCUGCCAGCUGGGCUCCUCUGUCUACAGGGGCUGUCAGGAGGCCUGCGGUGAGCCUGCCAGAUGCCAGACGUCCCAUGCGGUGUCCAGCCCCUGCCAGGUGUCCUGCUACUGCCUGAGGACCUCCAUGCUCUGCAGUCCCUCCCUGUCAACUUAUUCUGGAUCUCUGGGCUGUGGGUCCACUAGAGGCUACUCCCUGGGCUGUGGAUCUAGAAGCUUCUGCUCCCUGGGCUGUGGAACCAGUGGCUUCAGACCCCUAGGUUAUGGAGUCUGCAGCUUCCCUUCCCUGGGCUAUAAAUCUGGAUUCUGCUGCCCAACCUACUUGGUUUCUAGGAGUUACCAAACUUCUUGUUACAAAGCCACCUGUAUAUCUGACUUCUAA